CGACACAGACGAUCACAUGUGGGGACACCAUGGCUAGUGCAGAUGUGUGGAGUGUGUUGGCAGAGUGUGUGAAGGCGGUAGAUGCCAGCACAGCGCAGCCAGAGGACUUCCUGAGCCUUCAGGAUGGCGUGGCAGCAGACUUCACCUCUCUCACGAAGACCCUGUAUGACCUCCACAAAGCUCAGGAGCCUGCACAUUACAGAGGAAGCCCCCUGGCUCAGCUCGUGGUGGAGAACUUUGAUGACGAGCAGAUUUGGCAGGAACUGGAGCUACAGAACAAUUCUGUAUUGGAACACUUUAAAAAUGCAAUUGAUGAAGCUGUGUCAGACGAGACAUUGACUGUUCUAGACAAGGAGGAGGAAGACGAGGAGGAGGAAGACGAGGAGGAGAAUGGUCACGAGGAAGAAGGAGCAACAGAUGAUGAAAAUGAUUUUGAGGAACCACCCAUCCCUAAACAGUCUAAGAAAAUGGCAGCGCAGGCUGCAGACGGAGCAGAGGAUUACUCAGGAGAGGACUCUGAUUUAGACUUUGAUGUGGAUGCUCUGGAGAAACGAGAGAAGCAGAAGAAGGAGAUUGGAAGGACAGGCACCAAAACCAAGACGGUUCCCUCCGAGGUGGAUGAUAAGUUCUUCAAACUGUCAGAAAUGGAGUCAUUUCUUGACGACAUGGACAAGCGGGAGGGAAAGGAGAAUGAAGACGACGUGGACUAUUUUCAGGACCUGCCCUCUGAUGAGGAUGAGGAUCUCGACCUAGUUAAAAUACUUUCAACCAAAAAGCAGCAGAAACAGACUGUAAAGAGCUCCAGGAAUCUCAAGUACAAGGACUUCUUUGAUGCUGUGGAUGGUGAGCCAGCUAAAACAGACGAGCAGUCAGAUGGAGAGGAUGACAGCAUGGAUGAAGGCCAGGAGGAAGGUGAAGAAGAGCUGGAUGACGAAGAAGAUGAUGGUGAAGAGGAGGGUGAUGAUGACGAUGAAGAAAGAAGCCAGUCCAAAGCAUCUCACAAGAAAGUCACCUUUGAUCAGUCAGCGGAUGACGAGAGCGAAGGAGAGGACCUGGAGGACAUCUUUGGAGGACGAGCGCCGAGCUCAGCAAAGUCCGAAUCAAAGUCAUCAUUUGAGAAACGGCAAGAAAAGAUGGCAAAGCAGAUCGAGGAGCUGGAGAAGGCGGCUUUAGGAGAGAAGCCCUGGCAGCUGUCCGGAGAGGUGACGGCACAGACCCGUCCAGAGAACAGCAUGCUGGAGGAACAUGUGGAGUUUGAGCAGGCGUCCAGGACGGCUCCUGCUAUCACUGAGGACACCACGCUACAGCUGGAAGACAUCAUCAAACAGAGAAUCAAAGACCAGGCAUUUGAUGAUGUAGUCCGCAAGGAGAAGCCUAAAGAGGAGGUGUUUGAGUACAAGAAGAGGUUAACCCUGGACCAGGAGAAGAGCAAGCAGAGUCUGGCAGAAAUCUACGAGCAGGAAUAUCUCAAGCAGACUCAGCAAAAGACAGAGGAGGAGGAGAACCCCGCCCAUGUGGAGAUUCAGAAACUCAUGGACACGCUGUUCCUGAAGCUGGACGCUCUCUCCAACUUCCACUUCACACCUAAGCCACCUGUUCCUGAAGUCAAAGUGGUGUCCAACCUCCCGUCUGUUACCAUGGAGGAGGUGGCUCCGGUCGGCACCAGCGAUGCCACACUGCUGGCACCAGAGGAGAUCAAGGAGAAAAACAGAGCUGGAGAUUUGCUGGGUGGUACAGAGAAGACGUCAACAGACAAGAAGCGUGAGAGACGCCACAAGAAGAAGGUGAAGCGUCUGAAGAUCAAGGAGAAAGAAAAGAGACAGAAGCUUAAAGAGGCCAGCACGAUCGGGGAAAACAAGAAGCCAUCAAAGGCUGAAGUGACAGAAAGCCUGAAGAAACUCACGAAAGGAGGCAAAGCGACGGUCCUCAAGGAUGAGGGAAAGGACAAGGCUCUGCGCUCCUCUCAAGCCUUCUUCUCUCAGCUGCAGGACCAGGUCCGAAGCCAGAUCAAAGGUGCAAAGGACCAGUCUGCAAAGAAGAAGAGAAGCAAAGAGCUUUCUGUCAGCAAACUGAAGUUGUAGUAACUGUGAUGGUUUGCUGUAAAUUAUCUACAUUUUUUGUACAGAUUCCUUUUUAUGUGAAAGCUGCAGUAUGUUAAUCUGAAAGUCCUUGUAAAAUGUUCCUACUUUGAUUAAAACAGUUGCUCAUAA